AUGCGUGUGUGCACGGAGCAUAGCAUUUGCGUUGCUUGUGGUGAUGCCAUAACCGACAAAUACCUUCUACAAGUAAAUGGAAGAAGCUGGCAUUCUCAUUGCUUAAGAUGUAGUGUUUGUCAACUGGCAUUGGAUCGUCAUCCAUCUUUUUCGGCGCCAAAUGUUCAAAGUGCUGUCGUGGAAUUUCAGCAUCCGAUUGGGUUAGAAAAGCUCGAGAUCACGUGUAUCAUUUGGCUUGUUUUGCUUGCGAUUCUUGUAAAAGACAAGGGAGGUGAUUCGGAAGGUUAUCAUAAGAAUAAAGCGAAAAGGGUACGAACGACGUUUACCGAAGAACAAUUACAGGUACUUCAGGCAAAUUUUCAAUUGGAUUCAAAUCCGGAUGGACAAGAUUUGGAAAGGAUAGCACAAAUAACGGGACUUAGUAAAAGGGUAACUCAAGUUUGGUUUCAAAAUUCUAGAGCUAGACAGAAAAAACAUUUGCACACGGGAAAAUUAAAAACUCCGAGUAGAGAUGAUAAUAACACGUUUGGAAGGCAUAUCAAUUUACAUUUAACAUAUUCAUUUCAAUCACCUCAAAAUGCCAAAUCACCUGUUUUUGUACCCAGGCCGGUUUCACAAUCGUCGUCUAUGGAUGAAUUAUCUCAAGAUUCGACAAUGAUGUCGUGUAUGAGAAGUGAAGUAUAA